UCAACAAACCCACGUUGGGCGAGGAAGAAGACGACCAAAAUAUUCCAGAAAUUAUCACAAAAUGCCUCGUGCAAAGCGCAGAAAGAUUAUUUCUCUAACCCAAACAAAGAAGAAGGGUUUGGAAAUGAAGCAGAACUUAGUUGAAGAAAUCAGAAAUUCUCUUGACAACUAUGACCACAUCUAUAUCUUCUCGGCACAUCACAUCAGAACGAACAAACUAAAAGAUAUGCGUUUAGAAUGGGGACAGAGCAGGUUUUUCCUUGGUAAAAAUAAAGUAAUGGCACUAGCCUUAGGUAGAACGCCUGAGGAAGAACUUCACGAGAAUCUCUAUAAGCUGUCACAGAAGCUUGUUGGUCAGUGCGGACUUCUCUUCACCAACGCAGAAAAAGAGGAAGUGCUUGAGUAUUUCGAGACAAGGAAGUACCCUGUUUCCCCUAACUCAGGAGACAUUGCCACAGAGACCAUUGAGCUGAAGGCAGGACUCCUGGAGCAAUUCCCUCACUGCAUGGAACCUCACCUGAGAAAACUGGGGCUGCCAACACGCUUGCAGAGGGGGAUUCCAGAGCUCCUGCAGGACUUUGUUGUUUGUAAUGAAGGCAAACCUCUCACUGCAAACCAGGCUAAUAUUCUUAGACUUCUAGGAAAAGACAUGUCCCUCUUCUACCUUCAAAUGGAAUACCACUGGAGCAAAGAGGACGGCUGCUUUGAAAAACUGACGCCGUCGGAAACCACUCCUAACAAGGCCGGAACCAAAAGGAAGUUGGCAGACCGUGAUGACAUGGACGAAGAUGAGGAUGAAGAGGAGAAUGAUGAUGAUGAUGACGAAGAGGAGGAGGAGGAGGAGGAAGGAGAUGAAGAAGACGAUAGUUAAUUUGUUUAUUAUUAUUUUUUAAUACAUUUAUUUUAAUGUAUUUCUUGAUGUGACUUAGAAUUGUAUUUUGGUAAAUACAAAAAUAUGUUAAGCAAAAAAA